UUACAUAUACACUUACUAAUUUACAUGUGUGUUAUCACUUAUUACAAUAGUAAUUAUAGAAAUGACGAAAAGAAAAUUAUGAACAAGGACUCUGAGAGAAGAUUACAUGAUAUUGAUCCUGUUCUCGAGUCGAUUAAUACGGCAAGAUUUAACAAUGAUAAUAUAUUAGAAACUUCUGCCGAAGAAGAAAAAUCUGCUGCCGGAAGUGCUGCCAAUAAUAAUAUCUCAGUACAGAAGAAAAGUUUUGAUGGCCCCGAUAAUGGUUUAAGAAUUUCUCAAACUUAUGAAGAAGUUGACGAAGAGCCACUUUCGUUUCGCGAGGAAAUAAACGAAGAUAAUUUAAAAGAUGAAUCUUUUUACGAAGCUCAAUCCACCACAGCAUACAAUACGAGAGGGCUUACGAACUAUUCUAUUGAUCAAGAUAUGUUGAGCACUGCACCAAUAUUUCGCAACGUUGAUUCUUCUCAAACUUCCACAACGUCAAAAAACGAAGGAAGCAUAAAAAUUUCGCUCAGUGGAAGGAUUCAAGUGAACGGUGGUUCCAAUCAAACGCCAAUGCUCAUAAGUUUUGACGCCAUUCCCGAGGAGGCUUCGGUACCUCGAUCUUCAGUCUCUGCAGACUAUCCAAACGUCAUGGUGGUGGUCGAAACAACCGUCAUCAAUCUCCCUCUUAAUGAUUCAAAUGUGGAAUCCACGUUUAAUCUCUCAACCAUGAGCGACCGUGUACAUGACGAAACGAGUGAUUCAUUAGGCGCGAUAUGGGAUGAAAGCCGAGAGGUAAGCGAGGAGGUCGGCAAGGCAAAUGCGAAUGGGGUCGCGAUAAAGUCUCGCGAAAAGUUUUUCGAUUUGGCGCGAAGAAACGAGGAGAUGAAACGGAAGACGGCGAAAGAAGUUUCCCCUCGAAUCGAGAAGAGAUUGGACAGGGAUAACAUGAACUCGAGAACGGCUAAGCAGAUCUUUUUAACGGACUACUCGAGACCGCUGAUCGCACCAAGUGGUAGGAUGGACAAGGUGAGUGCUGGAAGAACGAUUUCCGAGCGAACCGAUGAUCCCGAAAUGCCAGGAAGACAAAUGAAGUUUUCGCAGAAUUCGCAGAAAGAUGAAUUAAAUUUUUCUUCAUCUGCGAAUUCGGUGCGUUUCCCAGACAUUCUGGGGUCUGUCCUGGUUAACAAUGGCAGUCUAAAACAUCAAGUAAUUAAAGGAUCUCACUGUCGAAUCGGCGCUCCUUCGAUCGCAGCGAAUCAGUCCGACUCAAAGACCGAUCGAUCGAAUAAAACUACUCUUCACAUUAUACCGCUGGUCAAAAUCGAAAAGCCGAGCACUGGUCUUGUGACGGAUGAGAGUAAUGAGGCAAAGUGCUGUCCUGAGGACUCACGAAAUGCUUUUGGUGGGUGCUACAGAAUGCCGACGACCAUACAGAAACUUCCUGAGACGACCAAGCUGAUUUCGCACGAGUCGGGAACUACAAGCAAUUAUCGCACGAGCGAUCCUCUUACAGCUUUUCAGCCUGGAGACCGCGAUACGACUGAAAGAGACUGGAAUACGAAAACUAUGAAAUCCUCGCCAUCCACGAAAUUGAAAGACACUUUCACAACGAAUAAGACGCUGCCUUCCGAGGCACCAUGUAAGUGCAAUGAUAAAUCGGUCAAUGCGAUUCGCGUGAGAAACAUGAUGGCCAUUGUGAGGUUUAUGAUGAAGCUGCUGAGGAUCACGGAAGAUGAAGAGCCUUCUUGCCAUAGUGCUCAGGUCGGAGAGACGAUGAUUCGCGUAAACGAUAUUGUUGUUAACACCUCGAGUGGCGAUAAUGUUGGAAAACAGAGAAGCACUACCGAUAAAAUGACGAUAACGUCGGAGAGGGUGAAGCAGGAUCUCACGACCAUUGAGCGGCGGUCGACAAUCACGGAAAGAAUCCAUGAGGAAUCGUUGCCUUUAGAUGACAGUACUUUUGAGUCCUUUACUGAAGCACCGGCUCAUUCAGCGACGUCCACCUUGCCGAUCUCCUCCAGCGAGGUGUUCAAGGACGAGAAGUUAUUCACGUUCUUUAAAACUUCUACAGAAAGAGAAGUUUACGCCUCCACUUUAUCGAGCACGACUUCCUCACCAACGCCGAAGUCCUUUCUAUUUUACGAGCCUGAACGAAAGUCGUUUCACGAAGACGCGUCUCGGAAAAAUGUAAGCGUCGAACUAACGGGUGUGAAACAAAAUUCAAAUGUUUCCUUUAACGAUUCAAAGAAGGAUUCGGAGAUACGGAAAUUUCCAUUGGACAGUAGCCAAAGAAAUUCGUCUUCGUCGACGCAGAAUCAGAAUCGAAGUUCCGUCGAUCGCCUUCGCGCUGGUAAACAAGAAAUUGCUUUCACGACAAAUUCGAAGAAGGAUAACAUUGAGCCAGGAUCUUCCGCGGGAUAUUUGGCGAGGAACAAAAGCAGCGGAUUUCGUUGGUCGAAAUUGGCCGAUGUUGCUAGCAACGAUUCCAUCAGACCGAUGUUUUCGCGUGAUACCGCUGUCUCGCGAGAUGUUUUAUUAGACGGAAUCGGUGCCAUAAGAGGAGACACAUCCAACCGCGUGAAGUCGAAGGAGGCUAGGAAGGCGAAGGUAUCAGAUCGGCGUGUCAAGAGGACGAAAUUGCUUAACAGUUCCGCGAGAAGGGGUUCUUCGGAAGAUUGGAUCGCGAGACGCCGGGCAGCCACGCGGCAACUGCCAGUCGAUAAGAAACGCCGGGAAUCUCGUGAAGUACCAGGCGGAACUGCAGCGCUGGAAAAAGUCGUAUUUCGACGUGUCCGCGACAAGAUUAACCGUCCUCCUGACCCAAAUCUCGGCAUCGGUGCGGAUGAUUCGUUUAAGAUCGACGUACAUGCCGGAAGUAAUCCUGCGGCAAAACGUUUGACGGAUAAUACUUUAUCCAACGUCAGCAGAGGAUUAAGCUCGUCAGAAAGAGCAGACUCCCUCGAGGAAACAAGCGCGAUUCGACAUUCGCCAAUUUUUUCUCUUGCUGAUAAUGUUCGCAUUUCUAGAAGCGGCAAAGGAAUCAUGAACAAACCUAUGAGCGUUGCAAACAAGAAACGAGAUGUCAAGCAUCGAGAAGUCGGUCAUCGAGAUUUCCGGAAAGGCAGUCGCGUAUUUAAGAAGCGGCAAAAGGAUGUGAAUCCAACGCAGAAGAAGAUAAAGUGGCGGAAGAGAAAGAAGAAAAAGAUGAAAGGUGGUCAACGAGCGAAGGAUAUCUUACAGAGAGGAAACCAGCGGCACUUCAAGAGACGCUUACUAAUGAUGCUUCUUGAACCCGACUUGGAAUAUGACGUCGAUGACUGGACGGGACGUUACAUCGCUGAGGAUGUUCGGGAGUCUGUGAAAGGAAACGCGAAAGGGCGCGAAGACGGAAGUCGAAUAGUCGCCGAAUCGAAAGUCGACUCCAACAGGGCACAAAUCCGGGGUGGCCAGGAUUGCACGGAUCGCAGACACCCACCGAAUGUCGAUAUGGUCAAAUAUCUGGAGUCCGCGCAUUGUUUGCGCUUUAGUGAUUUAUGGUAUUCCGUGUAUCAAUUGGAAAACCCCAUCGUCGAGCACACGGUGCAUCUUCAGGUUUACGAAAAACGCGUUUUAGCUAAUGGAUCGACCUACUGGGCGAGUCUCACCGGAGACUCCGUAGUCAGAUUGGGCACGUUCAACAGGCACCACAGAGACAGCAAAGGUACGAUCACUUUCGCCUACAAGGAAGUGAAAACGCCAGGACGGGAAGAGGAAGAGAGGGAAGCCCCUAAUUUGGACGUCGCUCGCGAUCGUCUUUUGGUACCAUCGUCGGUGACAUCAAAAGGUUCCGGGUAUCCUGCCGAAGGCGAAUCGGAGGAGUAUCUCGUGGUACCGGCGAGUAGCAUCAACGUGAAUGGAAACGAAUGCGACAAAGCGGGCGUGGGAUUCGCAGCAUUCGCGAGGCAACCGGACCGGUGCGGACGUGUCAGGGGAACCUGUUUGAAAAAUCAGCCCCUGGCCUACCGUAAGCACGACAUGGAAGCUCGCGCGGCCGGGCGACCUGGUUGCUACUUCUUGAGCAAUUUCGCAUCCGUGCCGAGCGAGCCCAUCAAGUACAGCGCGAACGGAAGCGGAAGCCGCGAGUUCCUUGCUCUGGAGUACCAUUCGCCGCACGUGUCUGCGAUCGACAUCGAAGUCAGGGCGGGUUACAAUGCCGCGCUUGCAGAAGGAUCCUCAGGUUGCAUCAGUAAAGUGCAUGUGAAUAACACGAUACCCGAUCACACUGUAAUGAGGGUCGUGCUGAUCAAUACAGGACUGACUUUAGCAUCUUAUCGAUUAGAAAUUGUAAACUGUCCCAAUGGCCUUCCAGAAUCUUGGGUGAAUGCUACAUUUCCUGAAAAAAUAAUUCAACCUCGACAGAAACAAGCAGUAAGCUUGGAUCUCUACGGCGAAUUAUCUAUAAACGAAUUUUACUGUUCUGUGCGAUUGCUGAACCACCUCGGAGAACCGGUGGCCACCAGGAAGAUAAAGAUACGAAAAAUGGAUCGUUGCUCCUGCGUUUUGCAUUGCUUAUGCGUAUGCGUAGGCGAUGUACAUGGCAGGACUUGCCAACCGAUGUUGCCUGAGCUUUAUCACGACACUGGAUGUCGCGGUUUUUUUCCAACAGCCUCUCAUGACAUUUUUUCACACAUAACCGUAGAUGUGCUGCUCUUCAUCGCGUUGCUAAUAUUGCUCCUAAUUUUUAUGGGUUUUCUUAAAUGGUUGAUUGGCCUGUACAUACCAGUGGUGAGCCGUUGGGGUUUAGAUUUUUUGCUAGGAAACAGGAGAAUGUCGGAGUACUACGAGCGAGAGUUAAAAUACAAGUGCGUGGUGACGGAUGAGGACGGUGCACCGGUGCAUCCGGAUACGCAGAAGAGGACUGUCAGGAUAUGUAGCAGGAAAGUGGAAUUCUUCUUGAACGCGAUAUUCUUCCUGAUUUUUCCGCUCGCGGUUUGCUGCUAUCGUCUCAAGAAGUCCUUCCGACCAGCCCGAAAACGUUGUUGCUCGGCUGAAUCUAAAAUUAGUUUGACGAGCACUUGCACCGAGCGUCCGAGAACAAUCUGCGUGAGCAUUUAUGGUCAAGAUAGCCAAGGAUCGAAGAUGGAAGCUGAAGACACUAAGUACGUUAUGGACGAGCUAAAGAAAUCUGAAGAAUCGUUACGCAGUCAUAGUAGAAAUAAAAGAAACCGCUGCACAAAAAGAUACCGUUCGCGCAAUUAACAUUGCUCGGAGGCACGGAAUGAGCUUGACGUAAUGGCCACGAGAAGAGUUUUAAGAAUCACCUUUGGAGAUCCAACAACAUCCAACAUGUGUUUAAGAUAUCUUUGUAGUUGCCGCUAAUAACGAUGUUGUAAUGUACGGAAUAUUAUAGUUAAUAAAUGUAAUGAAAUGAUUAUUCAUUUAUUUUAUAAUAUCAAA